AUGAAUAUAAACUAUGUUGUAUCAUCAUCGUGUGAUUUAUUCAGAAGAGGAAAGUUUACAGAUUGUUGCGACCUUAUCCAAUUGCAUAUUGAUAAUUGUCAUUUACAAAAAAUUACUAUACAAGACGAAGUUGAGUUUAUCAUACUUAGAAACAAUUUACUUGUUUGCAAUUCUCUGAGGAUUUUACCAGAAAUUAGUGCUGAAUAUGUUGGCAAGAUGGCUGAAUUCAUAAGUAUGUCUCAACUGUAUUUAUAUGAGAAACAUAUUCCAUUGGAACUGCGGAUCAAUUUUGUUUAUAAUACUUUGCAUUGGUACUGGUUGAAACCAGCUGACAUUCCCGAUUAUUGUUAUAAUAAAAUAAUGACAUUAGUCAAUGAAUCCUUGCAUGAAGUAUUACACGAAAACGGAAAAAGUACUGUAAAUUUAAGAUCACAUGUCGGCAACGAACAAGAUAUACUUAAUAGCCUUGAAUGCCUGUCCAAUGGGUUUUUGGGUUUAGAGCCAAUACUGGUUGUUCAAUGUUUGGAAAUCUCACAGAUAUUACUUUUAAUUUUUUUGUCUCAGCGUAGUUUUACUUCACUUUUAGUACAUUUUACGACGGAAUUGAUAGAUCAAGUCAAAACUAUAAUGUGUGCUUUUAAACUUAAAAAACCAACGCAUGUUGCUAACUGUUUUAAACUAGGACUUUCAAAAAUCAAUGUUUUUCUGGAUACAGAGCACAUCAAAACAAUAAUUAUUAAUGGGCAUGUGUCCUUGUGUAUAAGACACAUUUUGGAAAAUCAACAUCUACAAGCCUUGUCUACACUGAACACAAUGGACCAAUACUUGGAUCAAAAUGAUGAAUUUUUUUGUUUGAUGUGCUAUUUAAAGGCUCUUGCAAGUUUCAAUUUAGAAGAGCUUGAAAUUACAUUAUGCUAUUUAUCACAAAUGGUUGAAUGUCUGAUGGAACCUUUUAUUAAAUCAAGGUGUUAUUUAUUGCUUGGAAGAACACAUUCAAAAAUGGGUAAUAGUGGUUUGGCGUUGCAGUCAUUAGAGAAAUUAAAAGAAACAGAGUUUAAUAAUAUAAUGGCUUAUUACAUGUCACAGCAUUACGAAAUGAAUGACAUGCAGUUUAUGCAAAUGGUGGUGUUGGAACAAGCUAUUAAGGGAGAUUUUGAUGGACGACACAGAGGGUACGAAGAAUUAUCCAACAGUUAUACUACAAAGGUACUUAUUAUUUUACACCCUCAACCGGAUUUGACUAAACGGCAAUUACUUUACUUGGCAGCAAAAAAAAAAUAUGAACAUACAAGUUAUAAUCUAGCAGCUUCUACUUAUUUAAGUCUUUUAAAAUUUGACGAGGUUGAUCAAUACGUUUCUGACUUGGUAACAAUUCCACCAAUGUUUAUCCUUAAACACGAAGCGGCUGUAGCUCUGUUAAAAGCUCGUAAACCAGAAGAAGCCUUUAAACUGUGCCAAUCCUUAAUUGAAGAAUACAGCAUGUGGAAGAGUGGUUCAUUCUGGGCCGAUGAACUCAAUGAUUACAAUUUUAAUGUAGUUGGAACUAUGUUAUUGGCAGAAACAGGUUUCAAUAAAAAUACUGAUAUAGUUUUGGAAGCACUAAACAAGUCUUUCAAUUGUCUGUACGCCAAAAUCAGUUUUGAUUGUGCAACGGAACCUAGUGACGGUGAAGAACAAAGUAUAACUUUGCGACGAAUCCUCAUAGGUAAAAUAUUGUUACUUAAAGCUACAGUUUUGAGUAAGUUAAAUAAAGAAGAGGACUGCGAAGCUGCAUUCAAAAAGGCACUUACAUAUAAUGCUGGAGAUGAAGAUAUUGUGUAUUUAUAUUCAAAAUGGUUGGAACAUAAAGGGAAGUUAUUAGAAUCUAUGAAGGUUCGUGAUCAAUUUGAUCGAAACAAAGUUAAUACAAUUAAGUGUGAUGAUAUUGUUAUGACUUUCGUCUUGGAAAAUAAGCAUGGCCUUGAAGACACAAUAAUUGGUGAAAAUAUCAUGGAUGACUUGUUUGCAAGCACUGAUGAUAAACCUAUGGACCUAGAUAAUGAAAUGGAUCCAGCUGAUGAUGAUAUUUUCAAUAACUUGUUUUUGGACUAA